CCCCCAGCUUUUAAAUCCGAGAUAUUUUUUGUCCGCGUCCUCGUCAACCGCAGCCGCCUCGCUGUCCCGGUGCUCUCCGCCCGCCGCCGACACCGCCUCCGCCGCUCGCUGCAGCACCGCCGGCGAUGGACCGCGAAGAAGGUAAAGCAGCGCAGAGCCCGCCGAAUUUGGGAGCGAUUCCGGCUAAUCUGGGGCCUGGUUGCCAUUGGUGUGCAGCGACAGAGUUCCUGGGGCAGGUGCCCCUCCUGCAGUGCCUCCCGGGCUCCUCCAUCCGCAGGAUCGCCGAGGCCGUCCAGAACCUGGUGAUUAUGUCGUUCGUGAAGGUGAACCUGUUGAUGGCCUUUACAUUAUAUUGGAUGGUCAGAAAAUAUGCUACAAUUACAAGUACUUUGCGAUCUACCAAAAUGGGAGAGGGGACAGAAGCUGAUGCUAUUCUUAGCAGUGAUACUUUUUGUUACUUGAACAACAUUCUCAUUGUCUUGAAGGCUGAAGUUUCCGCUCCUGCAAACACAGAAGAAGCAAACCGUCCAGAUUAUGUGUUAAAUAAGUACGACUACUUUGGUUACGGGGCCAAUAGUUCCGUUCAUCAAGUCAAUGUUGUCACACUAUCAAAGCUUAUUGUUGGCCAUCUAUUGCAGCUGACCUGCUUCAUAUUGCCCAAUCAAUACGGACAUUUGUUACAACCAAAAACAAUUUGGAAUGCGGAGGAGACACCUGAAACCCAUUCUUUGCUGGAACAAAUUUUGCAUUUAGAACCACUAGAGAUCGAUAUCUUCCGUGGGUUUACUUUACCAGGAGCUCCUACUUUUAGGCAAGUUUAUGGAGGACAGUUGAUUGGACAGGCACUAGCAGCAGCAUCCAAGACUGUUGACUGUUUAAAAAUGGUGCAUAGUUUGCAUGCGAUUUUCCUUGUUGCUGGAGACAAUAACUUGCCAAUAAUAUAUCAAGUUCAUCGGGCGCGUGAUGGAUCCAGCUUUGCCACCAGAAAAGUGGAGGCAAAGCAAAAAGGCCUAGUUAUAUUCACUUUGAUUGCUUCUUUUCAGAAGGAAGAACUGGGGUUUGAACAUCAGGCUGCAACCAUGCCUGAUGUUCCACCUCCAGAACAGCUACUAAAUAUGGAGGAGAUACGUGAAAGACAUCUUACUGAUCCACGCUUCCCGACGCAAUAUAGGAACUUGGCUGCCAAAAAAAAGUUUGUGCCCUGGCCCAUAGAAAUGAGAUUCUGUGAAGGUUCAGCAUCUCAACAUAAACCAAGCUUAAACUUCUGGUUUAGAGCUAGAGGAAAACUUUCAGAUGAUCAAGCUCUGCAUAGAUGUGUUGUAGCAUAUGCUUCGGAUCUACUAUAUUCUGGUGUCAGCCUGAAUCCUCAUCGGCAAAAAGGUUUGAAGACGUACUCGCUCAGUCUUGAUCACUCGAUUUGGUUCCACAAGCCUGUGAAGGCUGACGACUGGUUGCUGUAUGUGAUCGAGAGCCCAUCUGCGCACGGUGGCAGGGGUUUCGUUACUGGACGCAUGUUCAAUCGGCAAGGAGAGCUUGUCAUGUCGCUGACCCAAGAGGCGCUGAUUAGGAAGGAAAAGACACGAGUACCAAACCCGAGGCCGAAGCUUUGAGAGCACCAGAACAGUACAGAUGGCACGUCAAGGACAAGGAGUGAGCACACGCAGUCUCAUGCGAUGCAUAAUGCCUCAGACAAAAGCAUGUUAACAACUUUACAGUUUUCUUCCAAAAACAGGGAGUAUAUUCACAUUAAAAUUCUCCAACUUGUCGUACCGAGCAACAGAUUCAUUCACUCUCUCAAGUACCCUCGGCAAAGCAGCAAUAUUAGCCUUGAUCUGGGAUUUGAGGAUCUUUAGUUUUUCAAGCUUCUCUUGUUCUUCUUCAGCAAUAGAUGUUUCAGAGACCGUUGGAACUUCUGCAAUAACCAUAGAGGCAUCAGACAUUAUUUAAUUA